UGUUUCGCAAAAUUCAAGCAUGGGGUAAACGUAAAGUACCGGUGAUAAACAUGUCUGUGAUAAACGAUUUGCGGCUAUUGUUAUGGAAAAAUUUUAUGCUACAAAUCCGACAUCCGGUGGUCACUGUAGUCGAACUACUGGUUCCCUGUCUGUUUGUGGCAAUGCUAGCUGCCAUACGUAUCAAAGUUGACUAUACUAUCUACGAUAAUACUACAGUGUAUAAUACAUUUAGCCUGGAUAACAUACCCGAGCUGAAACUAGAUGAACAAAUGCGUGCCCCACAAUGGUGGAUACUGUACGCGCCUAAUACGACCCGCGUGCACGAUAUUAUCGAGACCCGACUGUACAAUAGGCUGACCGGUAUAAGUGGUAUGCAAUUUGAAUUCAUGUCAUUUGCUACCGAAGCCGAUAUGAUCUCAUUCUACAAUAAACAAGAAACCGGUUAUCCGCCGCAGAGUCUGGUACUGUGCGGUAUAAUCAUCACCAGCGGCGACGACCAGUUGGCCAAUCGGCUGAACUAUACAUUGAGAUUUUCGUCGACACCACGUUUUCAGCCGCCUAAUCGGCUCCGACCUCUGCGAAACUGGUGGACACAGUUUACGUUUCCCUUGUUUGCCAAACCGGGACCCCGAGCUGCCGAAUACGAUACCGGUGCCGAACCCGGCUAUCAGGAGGACGGUUUCCUAACCAUCCAACAUGCCGUAGCCAUGUCAGUGGCCUCGUAUAUAACCCAAAGCCCAUCAUCAUCGGAUGAUAUCGAUUCGGACGUUACCGUCCGUAUGCAACGUUUUCCCUACCCGUCCUAUAUCGACGAUAUUUUCCUACUGGCCCUCCAAUUCCUAUUUCCAUUCAUACUGAUGCUAUCGUUCAUCUAUCCGGCCGUUAAUUUAGUCAAAAAUAUAGUCAUCGAAAAGGAGAAGCGGCUGAAAGAGUCGAUGAAAAUGAUGGGUCUGAAAAAUUGGCUUCACUGGAUCGCCUGGUUUAUCAAAACGUUUGUCUGGUUGACCGUUACUACGGGACUGUUAUCCCUAUUGUUGACAAUGUCUAUCAAAGAUGGUGUCGGCAUUAUGAAUGCCAGCAACGGAUUCUUGAUAUUCUUCUAUUUUGUUAGUUAUUCAAUCAGUUGUAUUUCGUUCAGUUUCCUCAUGAGUACACUGUUUUCAAAGGCCAACGUAUCGGCCAUUGGCGGCGGUGUCCUAUUUUUUAUGGCAUUUAUGCCAUACUUUUCACUAUUUCCCCGAUAUCGGGAUCUGGGUCUAGUACAGAAGCUGGCCUCGUGUCUAUCAUGCAAUACGGCUCUGGCCAUGGGUUCGAUGAUCAUAGCCAUGUGGGAGGGCAACAGUGUCGGCAUUCAAUGGUCAAAUCUGAACGAAACUGCAUCGCCCGACGACACACUAACCGUCGGCUACGUACUGGUCAUGUUCUAUGUGGACACUGUUAUCUAUCUGGUGAUGACCUGGUAUAUCGAAUCGGUAUUUCCCGGCGAAUACGGUGUACCCUUGAAAUGGUAUUUUCCGUUCAGCCGAAGCUAUUGGUUUGGCCGGCGACAAGUGGUCGGCGACGAAGAAAAAGUUCAGCUGAAUAGUCCCCAACAUAACGGCAACGUCGACGACAAUAGCGAUAGUCUCGAACGAGAACCGUUAGGUUUGCGAACCGGUAUCCAAAUAUCGCAUCUGUCGAAAACGUUUGGCGGAAAAAAAUUUGCAGUCAAUGAUCUCAAUUUGAAUGCAUAUAAAGGCCAGAUUACAGCACUGUUAGGUCAUAACGGAGCAGGCAAAACCACAACAAUGUCAAUACUGACCGGACUGUUCCCGCCGUCAAGCGGUACGGCUCUGGUCAACGGUUACGACAUACGCAAAGACAUGAACAGAGUUCGGUCGAGUCUCGGUAUAUGUCCGCAGUUUGACGUCCUGUUCGACGAACUGACUGUCGAAGAGCACCUGUACUUCUACUGCGAACUGAAGAACUACAGCCGUAAAGAUAUUGGCGAUGAGAUUACAUAUAUGAUCGAACUGUUAGGUUUGACUGAGAAGCGCCAUAAGGCUGCGGGAACGCUGUCCGGCGGCCAAAAACGUAAACUAUCCGUCGGUAUAGCACUGGUCGGUAAGUCGAAGAUUGUCAUACUGGACGAACCGACAUCGGGUAUGGAUGUCUACGCCCGACGAUUCACUUGGGAUCUACUGUUGAAAGAGAAGACCGACCGAACAAUACUAUUGUCCACACAUUUUAUGGAAGAAGCGGACGUUUUGGGCGAACGUAUAGCCAUUAUGGCCAACGGUCAGCUCCAGUGUUGCGGUUCGCCGUUGUUUCUGAAAAAACGUUACGGCGCUGGCUAUCAUCUGACAAUUGUCAAAUCGGGCGAAUCGACCGACAUCGGUGCCCUAACCCGACUGAUACAGUCGCAUAUUGUCGAGGCCAAAAUGAACAGCAAUGCCGGCAGCGAAAUCAGCUACAGUCUACCCGAUCACAGUAGCAGCCAUUUUGAGAGCCUGUUUACCACAAUUGAGAUGCAAAAACUGAGACUCGGCAUCGAUAGCUACGGCGUAUCGAUUACCACUAUGGAGGAGGUGUUUCUCAGAGUCGGCCAGUACGCUGAGGACGGUAUGAAAGGGUUGGCCGGCGACGGCAGCGGAAAUGCCGACAGAAUCAAAACGGCGGACACGAGAAGUGAAGUAUCACUUGAUUUGGACACAGCUAAGGACGACCCGAAUGCCCGUAAUACGGGUUUUCCGUUAAUACGGCAACAGUUUUACGCGUUGUUUAUGAAAAAAGUAUUGUAUACGAUGAGGAACCGUACACUGACGCUGUCCCAGUUGACUAUACCGACAUUUUUUGCACUGAUGGUACUGAUAACCGUUAAGACAUUACCGAAAUUAGGCGAAUCGCCCGGUCUGGCCCUAACAUUGGACAACUAUAAGGGCGCUGAAGUACCCUAUUUUGUUAGCAAUCGAUCGGAUAUUGAAGUACGCGAUUUUGCCGGCGACUAUCGCCAGCAGUUUUCGGGUCGACCGGCCAGAGAUCAAGUAUACGAAUUGGUUCGUACGGAUGAGGACAGCGGUAAUCUUAGCCAGUUUAUGGUCGACCAGCUGAUUGAUAAGGCCCGAAAAGAUAUUGCCUAUUUCAAUCUACAUGUGCCGAUGGGUGCCAUGAUAUGCGACAAUAGCCGACGACAGUGCGGUAUCGAAUCGGCCGCUGCCGACUCGCUAGUGGUCACCGCAUUGUUCAACAAUCAACCGUUUCAUGCGUCGGCCAUCAGUCUGGCGGCAGUUGACACGGCUAUUGUCCGCUAUGUCGCCCAAAAUCCUAACUACACUGUAUCGGUAGUCAAUCAUCCGUUACCGUUGACUACCGCCGAUAAACUACUUCAAGUACAGUACGCAUCGCCCGAACAGUUCCAGUUGUCGCAGAAUCUGAUAUUUUCGAUGUCAUUUUUGGCCGCAAGUUUUGCCGUACUUCUGGUCAAAGAGUCGUCAAUCAAAGGCAAACAUUUGCAACAGGUUUGCGGUGUUAAGCUCUACCUGUUUUGGUUGACAUCGUUUAUCUGGGAUUUCUUUAUCUAUUUGAUUGCCUGUAUUGGUGUUCAACUAUGCUAUCUGGCCAUGAAUGAAGAACCGCUGGCCAGUCUGGCCCAACAAAGUCGCUUAUUGGUCGUAUUCGUUACCCACGGGUUUGCACUGUUACCACUAGUCUAUCUCCUGUCGUUCCUGUUUGACGUCCCAUCGACAGCCUAUGUCCGCAUAUGUCUUAUAUCGUUGAUUGUCGGUAUCGGUGCCUUUCUGACCGUAGUCGUAGCCGAACUACCGCUACUGGAUCUGAAAGAUACAGCCCUAUCGCUGGACUGGUCGUUCAGUGUACUGCUGCCCAACUAUAACCUCGGGCGGGCCGUCUAUAAUCUCUAUAUCAACUAUUUGGGCAAUAAGUUUUGCAAUAUACAGAUCUUGCAAAAGGCAUGCAAUUUGGGAACCGUUAGCGCCGAAGAAUUUGUACGUAUGCUUCGGGAAGAUUUCUCACAGUUUUCCUAUUUGUUUGAGGAUUAUGUGAAUUUGAUACCGAAAUCGAUGAACGUUACGAUACCGGUGCCCGACGCUAUUAAAGCCUGUUGUAAAGACAAAUGUGGGGACAGGUGUUUCCCGUGGGAAUCAAACUUCUAUUCGGUUAACAAUCCGGGUAUCGGACGGCUUCUCAUAUUUUUCGUAUUACAAGCCGUGGUAUUCUGGAUGUUGAUAGUGUUGGUCGAGUUGAAAGUCAUACGCAAUCUGAAGUACCGAUUGAUUCAGUUGAAGAUAGCCAUUGUCGGCAAGUUUAGCGGCAAUCGGGGAAAAAAUCUGGAAAUGUCCGACAAACUGGACGAUGAUGUCAAGGCAGAGGCCGAACGAAUAGAGAACCGGGAUUUAGGAAAACUGGUCGAAUCCGAUGCUAUGAUUAUCCGAAAGUUGACCAAAUAUUACGGUACUUUUUGUGCCGUCGACCAUAUCUCCUAUGGUGUACAUCGGGGCGAAUGUUUCGGACUGUUGGGUGUGAACGGCGCCGGUAAGACUACAACGUUUAAGAUGAUUACGGGUGACGAAACCAUAUCCGAAGGCGAUAUCCGGGUCAACGGUUACGAUGUCAAGACCAACAUACAGGCUGUACAGCAACAGAUCGGCUAUUGUCCACAGUUUGACGGACUACUGGAACAGUUGACCGGCCGGGAAACGUUGGCCUUGUUUUGUCGGCUACGCGGUAUUCGCGAGCAGGACAUCGGCCGGCAUACCGACGAAAUUAGUCGACUGUUGUAUUUUGAUAUGCAUUUGGAUAAACUGGUCAAGAAUUAUAGCGGCGGAACCAAACGAAAACUGAGUACAGCAGUGGCAAUGUUAGGCGAACCGUCCGUCUCAUUCCUGGACGAACCGACCACUGGCGUCGAUCCAGUGGCCCGUCGGUGCCUAUGGGAUGCGUUGUCCAAAAAACUAGGCGAAGGCCGUUCAAUAGUACUGACCUCACACUCGAUGGAAGAGUGCGAAGCCCUAUGCAAUCGGCUGAUAAUUAUGGUCAACGGCCGUAUCGCUUGCAUCGGUAGUCCGCAACAAUUGAAAAACAAGUUCGGCAAAGGCUAUACCGUACGGAUCAAAGUCCGUACGGGUUUGGUGGCCGCUGCGGCAACCGAUGGCGAAAACGCUAGCAUAGCUACAGCCGAUGAUGUUUCGUCAUCGGUUAAGACACCGUCGACAACAACGACAACGACCACCACUACCGCCACCACCGUCAACGGUGAUGGACGCCGUCAGUCGCGUAUAGCUUGGCGUCAGAAUAGUGUCGUAUCCAGAGAUCUAGUAUUGGAUCAUAAUAUUGACGAAUUGAAACAAUCGAUGGACCGAUGGUUUCCCGGUUGUUGUCAUCUGAUGGAGAUUCACUAUAAUCUACUCAACUAUCAUAUCGAUGAUCCAUCGAUAUCGUGGUCACAUAUUUUCGGUACCAUCGAAAAGGCCAAAGUCUUGCUCAAUAUCGAAGACUAUUCCGUUGGUCAGACAACUCUCGAACAGAUAUUCCUCGAGUUUGCCAAAAAACAAAAGGAAGACUUGUUGUUGUAA